UAAGGCACCAAAAAGAAGUUUGUUGUCUUCCGUGUUUACCUGGGGGAAGUUAGCGAAAAAUGGCGUCCGUUGCUUAAUACCAUAACUUUAUUGUGAUCUAAAUGAUGGCUGCAGUUUAAACUGGUGCAAAGAACGAAAGAAAUAAGCUGUGGAGACAGGACAACUCAACUUUAGUUAAAUAAAGCGCGCCGAAAGUUUUAUUUUUCCACUCGCCACGCACAGCUGUCUUUUUGACAUCUACAAUGGGAUGUUGCAGCAGCACGGAGAGUAAACGUGACUGGAGCCCGUUGAAGGAUCGCAGUUGUACGGAUAUCCCAUGGCUCAUCAUCUUCCUGCUCUUCUGCCUUGGAAUGCUUUGUAUAUGUGGCUUCACAAUCGCCACGGGAGCUGCCUCGCGACUUAUAUCGGGAUAUGACAGCUACGGCAAUGUUUGUGGUCACAACAACACCAAGAUCCAGGGCAUUGAGCUUAGCGGCCGGAACAUGCUGGAAAACAAGUAUGUAUUCUUUCUGGACCCAUGCAACAUCGACAUCAUAAACAGGAAAAUGAAGAGUGUGGCUUUGUGCGUCUCCAAAUGUCCUGCCGCUGAACUGAACACCUAUAAUGAUUUAAAGCAGUUUGCGCUCACUAAUGGAUCUGCGCUUUGCACCUAUGAUAUCAGUCCAGCAAGAUACACGGGCCACACUGAUCGAUUUACCAAAUGUCCCAAGCUCCCAGUUCCAGCAAGUAAAUCAGUGCCACUGUUCCGUCGAUGCAUACCAGCGGACAUCGGCUGCUAUGCGGAAUUGGCCCUCUCCUUUUUCACAUUCAUCAGUGACAACAAUGUUUUCCGCCGAGUCGUCGCUGGAGUAAUGGCCAGCAAGGACAUCAUUGUGGGACUUUGUGUGCUGUCCUUAGUUCUUUCCCUGAUCAUGAUGAUCGUCAUCCGUUACAUCUCCAAAGUGCUGAUGUGGAUUCUCACUAUUCUGGUGGUCAUUGGAACUAUUGGAGCGACAGGCGUCCUCUGGUGGCUGUAUGCGGACCACAGGAACGCCCUCAAGAACAACACCGCCUCUGUCUUUGGCAAAGAAGUGGCGGCCGAUAAUGUCAAGGCGCUCCUCGUGUAUGCCAUCUGCGCAACUGUUUUCACGGUGGUUCUCCUGCUGAUCAUGGUCUUCUUGAGAAAGCGCGUGGCCCUCACCAUUUCUCUGUUCCACGUGGCUGGAAAAGUGUUCAUCCACAUUCCCCUGCUGGUCCUGCAGCCUUUCUGGACCUUCCUCUGCCUUAUGCUCUUCUGGGUCUAUUGGCUGGCUGUGUUUCUCCUCCUUGGACUUGCAGGAAACCCGGUGAAGAACAACUCCACAAAUAUGGUGGAGUAUCCCAUGAAUGGACCCGCUCAGUACUUAGUCUGGUAUCACGCGGUAGGUCUCAUUUGGAUCAGCGAGUUCAUCCUCGCCUUUCAGCAGAUGACCAUCGCUGGUGCUGUGGUCACCUACUACUUCACGCGGAAUAAAUCUAACAUGCCGGCCACUCCCAUCCUGUCGGCAACGGUUCGUACCUUCCGUUACCAUCUCGGUACUCUGGCCAAAGGCUCCUUCAUCAUCACUCUAGUCAAGAUCCCUCGUCUCAUUCUGACGUACAUCCACAGUCAACUCAAGGGAAAAGAAAAUGCGUGUGCUCGCUGCAUGCUAAAAGCAUGCGUGUGCUGCUUAUGGUGUUUGGAGAAGUGUCUGGCAUACUUGAAUCAAAAUGCUUACACAGCCACAGCCAUCAACAGCACCAGUUUCUGCACAUCAGCUCGUGAUGCCUUUGUCAUCCUGGUGGAGAAUGCCGUGCGAGUAGCGACCAUCAACACCGUGGGGGACUUUGUGCUCUUUUUGGGAAAGGUGCUCAUCGUGGCCUGCACGGCAUUUGCCGGCGUGCUGGCGUUGAACUACCAGCGCGAGUACACCGUGUGGGUCCUUCCCCUCAUCAUCGUUUGCGUGUUCGCCUACAUGGUGGCCCACUGUUUCCUCUCGGUGUUCGAGAACGUGGUGGACGUCCUCUUCCUCUGCUUUGCCGUCGACAGCAAGUACAACGACGGCAGCGCCGGUCGGGAGUACUUCAUGGACAAGACUUUAAUGGAAUAUAUUGAGAACAGUAAGAAAAGUGGCCGUUACAAGCCUGAGGACGGAAGUGGACGUGAGAUGAAGCCCAUGACAUGAGAAUGGGUGCUACAUAGAAGUAAGAAAUGUAUUAAUAAGGCUGACAGAAAGAGUCUUUGUUUUGUUCUUAUGACUAAAUUUUGGAGCUGUGUUCUAAGUUUUUCAAAAUGAGGAUGGGUGCUACAUAGAAGCAAGAAAUGUAGUGAUAAGGCUGACAGAAGAGUCUUUGUUUUGUUCUAUUUUGUUCUUAUGACACUACAUUUUGGAGCGGUGUUCUAAGUUUUUCAAAAUGCCUUUCUUAAACCCCAAAUGCAGUUUUGAUUCCGUUUUAAAACUCGCUGACAACCGUUUUAACAUGGUUUAACAUGUUUGGAAACUAAAAACAGUCGGUGUACUUUUUUCAGCUUUGUAAUAACUGUCUGAUUGUUUGUUACUUGUUUUUGUAUUUCAAAUAUAUAAAACAAAAAAAAGGUA